UGCCUUUUGCAAUUUCGUUUUCAUUAUCGAAACACGAGUAUAUAUUGAAAAACGAGCAAACGAAAAAUGAGCACAAUGUGCGAACGAUUCGAACUCAUUUGUAUGCGAUGUGGGCAGCGGUGAUGACGACGACGAUGACUGCAAAGACGACUACGAAGACGAUUGGGAAGCCAGAGAAUCAAAAAUAUUAUGCAAAGAGUCCGAAACGGAGCCCGAGUCCCCCUGCUUAGCAAAAAGGGGGUUACACAAACAGCGAACAGCCGAAAUCAAAAUCAAAAACAAAAUCAAAAUCAGUAAUUGCUGCGAACUCGUCGUAUAUAAUGCAGCAAUGACAUGACACUAUCGAGUCAUUCGAGUCUGAGCAAUCGAACAGAUCGAGCACAAUGAAAACACAACUGGCGCUUCUUUUAGUCCUCGCAGGCAACAUGGCCAUUGUCAUGGCACGCCCGGAGCCACCUAAGACUCGCUACGGCCCCGCCCCAGCACCCCAAAAGGAUUAUGGCCCACCGCCACCGGCACAACCCUUGCCCGUCUAUGGACCGCCAGCUGCCUUCUAUGGUCCACCCGUCUCCGAGGCGAUAAUCACGAAGAACGUGUAUGUGCAUGUGCCCCCAGAGGAGCCGGAACUUUAUCCAGCUGCGGCGCCCAUUCAAACCGCGGUGCCCAAGAAGCACUACAAGAUCAUCUUCAUCAAGGCACCAAACCCACCCACUCCCCAGCGCCAAGUGCUGCCUCCACCUGUGCAGGAUGAGCACAAGACGUUGGUCUAUGUGCUGGUCAAAAAGCCCGAGGAGCAGCUGCCAGUCAUUCUGCCAUCGCCGGAGCCCACCGAGCCCACCAAACCGGAGGUCUACUUCAUCAAGUACAAGCAGCAGCCGAAGCCAGCUCCCCAAUAUGGUCCUCCUGCCCCUGUGCCCGCCGAUGAAUACGGUGCACCGCCAGCUCCCCGCACUGUUGAGCAGUUCUAGAAGUAGUUCUAAGACUACGCCCGUGCUUAUAAUCUUGCAUUCAAAUGUAAAUAUUAUUUAUAAUUAGUUGCCACCAUAAAUUACAGUUUCUGGAUAUUAAAC